CAAGCUUUCAUAACAGAAAGGAAUGCCAUAAAUGUACGGUGAACGAAAAACACAUUUUUUACCCUUAUGAAAUGAAAAUAGCUUCAACCUAUCCGAUGCGAAGAGCUUUAGACCUUGGAUUCCCCUAAUAGUAGCAUGCGCAGCACGGCACACUGCAAUCGGUGUCGACGUAUCUAGAUACGUUGUAUUUUCAGUUGGAUCAUUGCAUCCGCCGAUGAUCCAUGAUCGGUGGGCGCGGUCAAGACGUUCGAAUACAAAAUCCACCGGAUCAUCGCAUGAUAGCCCUUUUUCGUCAAUGUUUUACUCAUCGUCUGACAUGUCAACAUAUGGCUCGGGAUCUACCACCGAGUUGACACCAUGGUAAAUCAUAUCUGCCCGGAAGUUCAUGACACGACCGGUUCCUCGAGGAAAAUCGUCACGAAGAGUCAUCGCCAUCUGAAGUUUGGUAAGCUUCUCGAAUUCUUCAAGAUGUUCCUUGAUUUCGAAUUCGGUAUCGUCGUGCAGGAAAAAGUUGAGAUCGACAUGUUCCUUACCAUCCCACACCAAAAUUACGCUGCCUGCCGUGGAGUCCGCAAUGAUCACAAGUCCAUCACCCACAUCGGUGUAGGUUUGCAGGUCAUAGAGAUCUUUUCCGUCUCCUCCAAUAAUAGAAUCGACGAGGCCAACGAAACCUUCAGCAUCAAAAAAGUCUUGUGCAAACUCUUUCUUUUCGUACUGAACAACCGUCUUUCGACCAAACGACUCCUGAUGAUCCCACUGUACUUUGCCGGGAAUUUCGGGAUAGUCUUCUUGAACAAAGGUUCGGGGAUUGAAGUUAUGCUGGAACCGGAACAAUCCACCCGUUACGGCCGUUACUUCAGCAGUGGCGUCCACACCGUUACUCGCGAGGGCUUUGGUGAUAUUAUCUUCCAAUGAUCUGAACGUUUUGAAGCCCGUCUUGUCAUUAUCGUAAACCAACAUACAAAGUUCAAUGGAGAUUCCGUCGGCAGUAAUAUCGUACUUCACUGUCUUGACUGGAUCAUAAAGUAUGAGUUUGCGAUGGCGCUCCAGCAUGCUCGCCCUCCAUUGUUCAGAACGCGGUUUGUUCGAUAAGGAUAUGAUGUAGUGAUGCUCAUUUAUCAAAUGAUCUCGGUGAUCGUCAACCGUCAAGAUACUGUUGACAAUUUGACCCAUUUCGUACGGUGCGCUUCCAUCCAGUACGAUUGUCUUGAUACCAUCGCCAUCGAAACCGCGCCCCGUCAUUAGGGUACCUACCACCUUGCUUUCACAUUCAGUCAUCUUUCGGAAUUUUCCAGCCUCGUCUUCGUCACUGAUAUUCGACAAUUCGGGGCAUGCCCAAACAGGGAUCACCUUGCUGACCAUCGUGCUUUUCUCGAGGAGGUCCAAACUAGGACAUUUAUCAACAUCCUUGACACCGCAGAACACUGCAGCAACCGACUUUUGGGCAUCAAGAACGUUCAUAGCUUCAUUAAGAACAGAGUUCACCGAAACAUCGUCGGUCAAUUCGGUAUCGUUCUUAUCUUGCACUUCACAAUUGCGCUGUUGGACAAUUUGUGGACCAAUCAAAUCCUUGUCCACUUCCCAGGUAUUUGAUCCAUACAUUCCACCAACAACAACACGGAAAAAAGAAGUUGUCUCGGCCUUGAGUUCUUUUGCGAUUUGCUUCCGGAACUCAUCUCCAUUUUCAAAGGAUCCCCAAACUCCUACAUCCACUGCAGCGUAGUACGAUUUUGGAUAAAUCCUAGCAGAGGCAUAUCCUUCUUUGAAUACAACAUUGACCAUAGUACUCGUUGAAUCAUUGCCAUCAAAUUUGGUACUUGCAGGAGCAAGACUCUUGUCUUUGUUGGGUUCGAUUCUCGUGAAUCCAACUUUCUCGGCAGCGGCCAAAAUAGCUCUCUCGGUAGUUUCUUUGUUCAGGUCUACUUCAACACCUUCAGCGUCCAAUAUGUGGAGCAAACCAGCUCUCUUUUUCUCUUCCGUUUCGUCCUUUUCCUCAGUAUUUAGGUCGCAUUUUCCUUGAGCCAUGGCAUUGUUUUUUCGAACAUCAUGGAAAUAGUCAUACCCAUCCUUCAAUUCCUUCACAGGCUCCAGUAACAAAGUUUCGACUCCGUGUUCGACAACAGGUUUGUGGAAAAAAUCUGCCUUGUUGCUUCCAAAAAUCAUGCAUUGAGAGCAAAUCUUUGGAUUUUGAUCGAGGUACACCUGUAGGGUGUAAUCAAAAGUUUCGCUCAUAGUCUCCAUGUAAUGUUCGUUUUUGACCAUAACUCCGUCGGGAUUCAAGAGGAGGGCAAGAGCAUCAAAAACAUCGAGCUUUUCCGUAACAGAGAAUGCCAUAACAGUUUCGGACAGAUCAACAAUCACAAGAUCGAAUGAGCCCCAGUAAUCUUUGGGCAAUAAGAGAAGACUCUUUGUGGCAUCUCCAAACCACCAUUCUACCUUGUCAUUGUCGAAAUGAGGUUGGGUGUGGAAAUAUUUGAAAGACUUUCGAACCACCGUUUGAUCCAAUUCGAGGCCGACAACCUUUUCGAGGGAGGGAUAUUUGAGAACCUCGUGAAGCAUCAUAGAAUCUCCGCCGCCGACGAAAACCACGUUUUUGACAUUGUCGACGAACCGUGCCGCAAAGUGAGAUGAAAAUUCGUGGUAAUGUGGUCGGUAGGUGGAACAGAUUUGUACCGUGUCUUCGAGAUCCAUGCAAAUGUCACCAUUCAAUUCGCCGUACGCAAAAUUGAGCUGCUGAUAGUGGGUUUUCAGCCCCUCCAACAUCCAGUAGUUGGGGAAUUGCAUGAUUUCUUUGUUGUCACAAGUUUGAAUGUUGUACUUCGUCUCGUCCUUUUCCCAAUCCAAAUCGUCAAAAUAGUUCAAGCCACAAAUUUCAUCUGCAGCACAAGACUCUGUACUGACGGGGAUUUUUUUACUAUCAUCGUCGACAAUGUCAUUGAAUGCAGCUGUCAAAGCGUUGACGGUCGCGUCGUAGAAUUCCCAGAUAUCGUUCAAUUCUUUGUCAGGAAUAGUGCUCUUUCCAUCCUCAUAUUCAGUUCUCAAAAUUUGAUUCCUCUUCUUGAUCAAUCGUCGAAGUUCCUUCAUGAUAAGUCGUGGGGUUGCCUCUAUUUCCUUUUCGUCUGGUUUUUGAUUCCAAGUGACUUGCAAUUCCCCGUCUCCCUCCGAUUCGUCGAGAUCAAUCAUGAUAUCCAACUCCUCAAACUUCCAUCGUUGUGGAAAGUUUUCUACAAAUCCAUAGUCCCGGAAGACUUCUGGCGUUCCGUAUCCAUCCUUUCUUCCACCACAGUUGUCGCACAUAUUGUAGGAAUUGUAGAUCUGUUCUCCAGCCUCAAUGUCCCUUCUGGCCGUCACUUGAUAGUUCACCCCGUGAUUUACCGUCAUGUGAGUAUUGUACCAUUUUCCAUUUCUGUGGUUGUACAUAUCAUAUACUGGAACCAAGAGAUCGUCAUCUGCACGGGAGACAACGAUCAUAGCGGCCUUCGCGCCGAGCUCGUCUUUAGGAUCCCCUGCGCAGUCCUGCAACCAAUCCUCCUCGAGCCAUGUCGUGGCAUAAACUGGAGGAAUAUUCUGGCGAGAUCCUCCCAAAAUGUCGUUCAGCAAUGCUUUUCCCUUAGUAGACCAUUCGCUUGGAAUCAAGCCAAGUGGCUGGUCUAACAAAUACUGGAUAUAGGGUCCGUAUUUGGAUACAGAGUUGGGAUCCUUGAUGUAUUUACCGAGGGUUUGGACUUGCUUCAUUUCUUGGGCAAGGUUCCUGGCAGUCCCACAUUUCAAUACAGCUUCGUCGAGAUCAUUCUCGGAAAGGGAAGGGUCGUCCUCGACGUCGGUGAUAAUGAACUCCCAUGGAAUCUCGGCCAAAAUUUCGCCCCGUCUUAUGGAUUCCUUGGCGAAAAUCCCAUGGAAGGCUUUGCCGUCCCCGGCAGCUUUUAUUGGACGAACUUCUUGUUUGUUACUGAAGAAGCCACCCUUUACGGAAGCCAGCCACUUUGUCAAUUGGAUGGGAGCAGAAUCGUCGUCUGCUUUGGUUUCCGUGCCAUCUCCGGUCAGAUCGACAGCGUCGUCGGGGACGGCGCGUUUCGCCUCCUCCGCGCCGACGACUGCUAGCAAUGUCGCAAGACAAAGAACUGUCUUCUUCCAGCCCAUACCCAUAUCAAUAUU